AUGACCGCUGAUUUUCCUCCGCUCAAGAACGAUCUUCUCCUGCGGGCUGCGCGAGGUGAGCAGACCGAGCGGGCUCCAGUAUGGGUCAUGCGACAGGCGGGACGAUAUCUCCCUGAAUUCCGUGAGGUGCGGGCGCAGCACGAAUUUCUCAAAAUAUGCAGGACGCCGUCGCUCGCGACGGAAAUCACGAUGCAGCCGAUCCGGCGAUACAAAGGCCUGCUCGAUGCUGCGAUCAUCUUCAGCGACAUCCUCGUCAUCCCCGAGGCUCUAGGCAUGGAACUCAUCAUGAACCCCGGCCCUUUCUUCCCCGCACCGCUCGACACGCCUGCCGACAUUGCCAAACUCCGCACUGAGGUCGACGUUUACAAGGAGCUCGGGUACGUCUUCGAUGCGAUCACGAUGACCCGGCGCGAGCUUGAUGGCGAGGUGCCCUUGAUUGGCUUCUGCGGCGCGCCGUGGACGCUGUUCUCAUACAUGAUCGAGGGUGGUGGAUCCAAGACUUACCAGAAGACAAAAUCCUGGCUAUUCAAGUGGCCAGAAGAGUCCAAAACACUAUUAAAGCGCAUUGCCGACAUCUGUGUGGAUUUCUUGGUCGGGCAGGUUAAGGCAGGAGCUCAGCUCCUACAAGUCUUUGACUCAUGGGCAGGCGAGCUUGCGCCGCAUCACUUCAGAGAAUUCUCCCUCCCACUGCUCAAGUAUAUCUCUACCACUGUCCGAAGCAAGCUCGCGGCGGAAGGCAUUCCCACCGUGCCCAUGACACUUUUCCCAAAAGGCGCGAAUGCGGACCUUGCCGCCAUCGCUGAAGGCACAGGAUACGACACGAUUAGUUUAGACUGGUGCAUCGAGCCCUCGGAGGCACGACGUCUCGUUGGCGAUAAUAUCGCGUUGCAGGGCAACCUUGAUCCAAAUCUGCUGUACGGCGGACGGGAUGCGAUUGAGAGGGAAGUCAAACGGAUGUGCGCCAGCUUCAGGGGUGGCAAAGCUUCAAAGGGCUGGAUCGCCAACUUGGGACACGGAAUCACGCCGGGGGUGGACCCAGAGGAUUUGCGUUGGUUCUUUGAGUGUGUGCACAAAUACUCAUCUGUAUCUUAUCAAGUGUGA